AUGGCAGCGCAUGAAGAAAAAAUUAAACAAGGAGUAGAACGUGCUAGUAAUAAAUUAGAUGAGGCGAAGAAGAAUUUGGAAGAAUUUAUGAAGGAGGAGAACUUGAUGAAGUUUAAAAGGAUUUUGGGGAUGGGAUCUUUAAUGAAAGAAAAAGAGAAGUUGGAGGCAGCGGUGAAGAAGUGGAGAGAUCAGGUGAUAAAGCCGCAAGAUAAGUUGGUUGAAUUUAAAGGAGAAAAAGCUUGA